UCAAGGCGGGGCCACCGUGUCGGAGAAAGAAAGAAAGAAGCCUUUCGGCUCGACCGUCGUCGCCAUCUUUGACACGUUCAAGCCAGCGAGAUCGUCGCGCGUUCCUUUUCAAAAUCAUAUUCGUGCCAUUUGAAAAACCUAUUCGAUGUCUCGGUUUCAUAAUAACCGCGGCGGCAUGGGGAUGAAUAGUUUUCAGCCUCGACGAGGUGGUGGAGUCGGCGGUCCCAUGCGGGGUAGCCUAAUGGGGAGCCCCAAUUUCCGAAAUCACCCUUUUCAGAACCAGAAUCGCCGCGGAGGAAACAACAACAACUACAACAGGGGGCAGCAGGCGAGUCCUCAGAAGCCGCAAAACAGCCAGGCCUUGGGCAUCAUCCCGCCGCCGACCCCGGGGCCGGCCCUCACGAUGAAAGGCCCGAUGGACAAACAGCAGGAGCAAGACAAGCCCGAAACCCCCGCGACGGACAACAAGGUUCAGCCCAAGCAAGAGAUCGCACCGGCCCAGACCAAACCGGCCGACAAGACUCCGCAGCUCAAGUCGCCGACUGGAAAUGCCCACGUAACGCCGCAACCGCAAAGUCCGUCGACGCUUAUGAGUCCCAAGGCGGCGGCGGCGGCGGCGCCGCUGCAGCAGGACCAGAAGCUAGGCCCGCAACCGAACCAACAGAACCAGAAGACAGGACAGCAGAGUCAGCAGCGCGGAGGCCAGCCGCAAAAUCACCAGAACCAGCGGGGAGGCCAACCGCAAAAUCCGCAGCACAACCAAAGAGGAGGAGGCCAACACCACCAGAACCAGAGGGCGGCCAUGCACCACCAGAACCAGAGGGCGGCCAUGCACCACCAGAACCAGAGGAUGGGCCCGCAGCAAAACCAACAGAAUCAAAGGCCGGGUCUCAAGACGGGGCCUCAGAUGACGAAGUUCGCUCCGAAGCCGGAACAAGGGCCGCCGGAGCAGCUGGAGGUCCCGGGCACGAGUUCGGACGAGAGUCAAGCCAAGGAGUUUAAGGCGUCCCUGUCCAUGUUGCUAAAACCCGGCGAGAAAACGUACACGCAACGAUGCCGCCUGUUUAUCGGCAACCUCCCCAGUGACAUGACCGAGGAGCAUUUCAGGAAGAUUUUCGCCAAGUACGGAGAGCCCAGUGAGGUCUUCAUCAACAAAGGGAAAGGCUUCGGCUUCAUCCGACUGGAGUCUCGUGCGCUCGCGGAGAUAGCGAAAGCCGAGCUGGACGACCUCCCCAUGAAGGGCAGAAGCCUCCGCGUCCGCUUCGCCACCCACUCGGCGGCUCUUUCCGUCAAGAACCUGUCACCUUUCGUGUCCAACGAGCUGCUGGAGGAGGCCUUCUCCCAGUUCGGCAUGGUCGAGCGGGCCGUGGUCAUUGUCGACGACCGCGGGCGCUCCACCGGAAAGGGCAUCGUCGAGUUUGCCUCCAAACCUGCCGCCAGGAAGGCUUUGGACCGGUGCAAUGAGGGCGUCUUUCUGCUCACCUCGUCACCGAGGCCUGUAGUUGUGGAGCCUCUUGAGCAGUGUGACAAUGAAGACGGUCUUCCCGAGAAGUUGGCACAGAAGAACCCCAGAUACCAAGCAGAACGAGAGGAGCCCCCGCGCUUUGCCCGCCCCGGCACCUUUGAGUACGAGUACUCCAAGCGCUGGAAGUCGCUGGACGAGAUGGAGAAGCAGCAGAGGCAGCAGGUGGAGAAAAACAUGCAAGAAGCCCGCGAGAAGCUCGAGAGCGAGAUGGAGGAUGCCUACCACGAGCACCAGGCCAACAUGCUCCGCCAGGAUUUGCUGAGACGACAGGAAGAACUGCGGCGCAUGGAAGAGCUGCACAGUCAAGAGAUGCAAAAGAGGAAGGAGAUGCAGUUGAGACAAGAGGAGGAGCGUCGCAGGCGAGAAGAGGAGAUGCUUCGCAAGCGAGAGAUGGAGGAACAGAUGCGUCGCCAGCGCGAGGAGAACUACAGGAUGGGCAAUUACAUGGAUAGGGAGAGAGAAAUGAGAAUGAGUUCGAGCGGUGCGUUGGCCAUGGGAGAUAUGUCCUUUGGCGCCGUUACCCAGAACUUCUCCAUGAGCGGGAUGGGAUUUGAGGGGCAGCAGGCAAUGGGAGCGUCUCCGGGAAGCCAGAUGAGCAACGACAUGCGCAACGAGCGCUUCGCUCAGGGCGGCCCCCGAGGAAUGGGUCCUGGUAACGGCUCUUACGGCCGGGUCCGCGAAGAGUUUGACGGUCCCGCUAAGAAAGCUCGUUUUUAAAGGCUCUCCCGUGACGCAUUUGUACAGAUUCUCCUAAAAUCCCAGCUGUGACGGCUCACUUUGUAUUUAAGUUUCAAAUGUUCCAGCAUUUUAUUCUGACACUUCAUUUUAUGAGCAGUCAGUGUACUCUUUUUAUUUUGUACUGUCCUUAGUUUGAGGAGCUUAGGUUUCCCGUGAGCUGUAUUUGAUCCCUGUGUAAUUCUUUUCGAGAUUGUACCGUCGUGGUCGGUCGUAAAUUGUGCUUUUUCUGAUUCUCAAUCCUUCGUGGCUUUGUUUGUGCCAUUCAAUUCAAAAGCAUGUUACAAUAAAGAAAAAUGGGUUCAAUUUG